GGUGGCGAGGGCAAUAGUGGUGGUAGUGGUGGUAGUUACAUAUCCGUACACAGGACUGAUAUAUAUAUAGAAAGAGAGGGAAUAUACGUACGGCAAAGAGGGUGAAAUGGUUGUAGGUGGCGGCACACAGCCGAGUGUCGGAAGAUAGAGGGGAACGAGAUGAGGGUGCGAGAGGGAGAGAAGCCAGCGGAAGGGUAGGUAGGUAGGAAGAUGAAACGCAGGACAGAGGGGAGGGGAGGAAAGGAGCGACGCGCGGAGGGUGGCGGGUGCAGCUACGAGUCGCGAGCGCCGCAGUGUUUGUCAGUCCUUCGUAUGGACAUCACGUUCGAUGAGACCGAUAGUACUUGCCGGUAUUGGCAUUUCGUAUAUAUAUAUAUAUAUAUAUAUCGUAUAUAUAUAUAUACAUAUAUAUAUAAUCUAUACGUCGCUUUUGGCGGCAUCCAUCAUUGUCGAUAGCUACCAACGUCGAUCGUGCAACGUCAAUUCCGUCCCGUAGAUGAACCCGCGGCACGCGUUGUCGCGAUUCCCGAUAUCGUCGUCGUCUCGUCACUUUGCCCGUGAGCAGACGAGCGACGUCGUGAGAUCCUCCUGGACAGCGGACGAGAUGUGAAGACGUCGCCUUGGAAGCGAUGUGGCUUCCGUUAGUGCUGCUCGCCUUGAUGGCGAGCGGUUCCGCCUGUCCGGACCUUUGCGAGUGUCAUCAUCAGAAUGGUAUCAAGAGCGAUUAUGCGCCGAUUUUGUUAGACGUAACGUGUCGUGGACGCGUACCCGGUCUAUCGGAAAUACCCAUGGGAGUAAGAAGUUUCUCGGUAAACAGCGUCGAGGGAAAGGACAUCGGUCUUCUUCUGGACGAACUGGAGAGCGCCGAUCUAGUGAACAAUUUCGGGAUGAUCGGUAGUCCGGGUAAUAAUCUAAAGAUGAAUGACACAUCGGGGAACGAUACAUCGUCGGAGAAACUUGCGGACUUAGCAACGGCAGAAGCACUGCCGUAUCUAAUCGAAUUUGCGGUGACAAAUUGUUCGUUAGUGUCAUUUAACACGUCGUGGCGCGGUCUUGAACGCUUGAGGUCGCUGAAUUUAUCGUGCAACAAUUUACCGCGAAUAAAGGACACGCUAAUGAUUCACGUGAUGAAUCUAAGCGAGCUGACAUGCCUGGAUUUAUCGGACAAUUCUUUAUCGGAUAUUAGUGACGAUUCUUUUAGGACGCUCAUCGGUCUCGUGCGUUUGAGCUUACGUAAAAACGCGAUCGGCAUGGUGGACGAGAACGCGUUUUGCGGUUUGGACCGGCUGGAAUUUCUCGAUCUGUCGGACAACAGGUUGGCAGACUUGCCGGAUAGCGCGCUCACGCCGUUAUAUUCCCUGCAGAAACUCGAUUUAAGCGGUAACCAGUUACAAGUUUUGGGCGCCAGGUGGUUCGAAAGUCUCGACAGAUUGAGAGAACUCGACGUUUCGCGAAAUGGAUUGGCCAGAGCGGCCUCAGGAACGCUGCAACCGUUACCGGGACUAUCUGUUUUGAAACUCGCGGAAAAUCCGCUAAAAGAGAGGGAUGUAUCUCUAUUAUUGGGUACUGGAAGAAGAUUGGAGACGGUAGACGCAUCUCGAACUGGACUGGCGAGAGUUCCAGCCGCUUUAACGAGAUCAGUCAGGGCGCUCAGACUUGCCGGUAACAAACUGACUACCAUUCGCAGCGGCGACUUGGACAGUUAUCCCUUGCUACGCAUGCUAGAUAUUGCCGACAAUCGUUUGACGGAUAUCGAAAACGAUGCUUUAGGACGAUUGGAGGUUUUAGAGGAGCUCGAUCUGUCUGGAAACGCACUUUCGAAAGUACCAGGAAGCUUGCCAAGUAGUCUCAUGAUGCUUAAGCUUCAACGAAACGUGAUAACCGCGCUAAAGCUUGACGAUCUCAAUGGAUUGUAUAACUUGCAAUCGCUAACAUUGAACGAUAAUGACAUUAGCGAGAUCGAAGUAGGCGCAUUCGGUCAACUGCCUCUGCUCACCGAACUGGAUCUAUCCGAUAAUCCUAUCAAAGCGUUAUCAACUAAUACUCUAAGUGGGCCGAGUAAUCUGGCCAAGCUCCGGAUGUCGGGUCUCACAUCGCUUCAUCGACAUCAGGAAGAACAAAGUGAUAUGGCAUUCCCUGUCCCGACCCCGGAGAGACUAAUAAUGUUAGACGUGUCGCGUAGUCCGGUUCUUGCGGAACAAUUAUUGGCGGAUGACGCUGCACUGUCCGCCUGCAAGAGUCUGGUCGAACUAAAUCUUUCGGCGACCAACAUCGGUACCGUUAGAUCCGAUCUCGCGUUUAUGCUGCCGCAACUGCGCGUUCUUAAGCUCGGCAAAAACAAUUGGAAUUGCACGGCGGAUCUCUACUGGCUGGGCGAAUGGAUUAGACAGCACCGCGAAUCGAAUCAACAAUCGAACCAGCCGGCUCGAUGUUUCAGUCCGCGGAAAUUGGCGGGAUUAUUUUUGCACGAGCUGCCACCACCGCCGAAUUCCAUUUCCACGAUCACGGAAACCGUCGCGACGACGAGAACUUCGAUUACCGUAUCUGUCAUCUUCACGCUCGAACGUACAUCGCCUACUGAUCAGUCAAACGUCACAAUGUCUUCCAAUAUUAAAGGUGCGAAUUUUCGUCGCAACAUCACGGAUUCUCCAGAGUUAUUUCCCAUAAACGCGAAAAUGGAAUCAAAAAUUGAAGGUGACUCGAAUGUUCUCUCGUCCACGAAAACCUCCAUUACGUCAAAAAUGCCAAAAAAGCCACGAAUCUACGAGGCGCCGACGUCCUUCCGUAACGUAACGUCGUCAAUCACGACGCGAACGAGCAGGGAACCGGGUCGAAAGAGCGAUAAAACAAAUCGUACCUCGAUGGAUCAGAAUUUAAUCAAGCACGUCGUCAUCCCCUCGGCUUCUCAAGCACCGCAGGACCCCAAGCUAUCCAUUAUGGGAAUGGAAGACGCGGAAUCGCAUCCGCAAACUUUCGAUAAUCGGGCCGAUGGCGAGACGCGAAAAAACGAAACGAGAAAACUUGCCGCGUCAGGCGUCAGUGAGAUUCCUUCGUCGGCGGCGACUUCGCACGUGGAAGGAAAAACGAUCGAGAGGUACUCGGACAGAAUGGAUAAUUCGACGAAGGAGAGCGCGGUAUCGGACGAUUCGAAAACGAUAGCGGAGGAAUUGAAUAGCCGGGCGACCGAUUCAGCCGGCGCCAGAGUAUCCGAGGCUCUAUCCGGUGCUCAUCCUGGGAUGUUGGUGCUGGUCGGUGCAGCUCUCGGCGCUGUCGCGGCGUUGACCGUCGUCCUUUCGCGAAGAGCAAACGUGCAUCGGACGGAUCGGUAUCAUCGCCACGAAAACAUCGAGGUGCACACUCUCACACCUACCGCAGAGCUUUGGUGACCCGAGUCGGAAUAUGUUCGUCUGUUCGAAAGGGACAGGCAAUUGGACAUCGAGAAUCGCGAUCGAGAAACAUCGUCGACGCUGCCUCAACAAUCACGAAGAAAGUCACAGCUGAUCGACGUGUGUUUGAAAAAAAUUUUCAAGUAACAAGCGCAAUAUGUCGCUGAUGAAAAGUGUGCAUCUUGUUAUUGUGACGGGAUCUAAAUGGAUCUGCCGAGCACGAUAACUGAAGUGUUAAUCAGAAAGUUGGAAGCAUCGUCCUGACUGCGGAAACCACUGAGAAGAGAACGGGCGACUAAACGUCGAAGUUGGGAACGAGAUACUCCGCCGAGUUAAUCCGUAUCGCUUCGGAAACCGCCAAUAUGUUGCGGAUCACGAGGUGCAAUAUCUAAAAAUAAUAAAUUAUUCAAUCGAUAAUUUAAAUCUUCUGUAAAUAAUAAAGAGAAAGGCAGAUAAUAUUGUCGAGAGAUUACCGAGAAUUUAAAAUUCAUAAUCGGAGAAAGAUAUUCAUACACAGAUAUAAAUAAAAAAUAGUGUUAUUUACAAAAUCAGUUUCUGUAAUCAUGUAUCUGGCUUAUUUUUUGUAAAUCAUGAAUAACCAAGUAAAUUCAUCUCAAUGUCGAUAUCGGUAUAGUUUAUCGGUGAAAAUUAUCCGACGAUAGCACUAUACAAACUUCAUCAACAGCGGAGAUACAAGCGUCAAGCGUUGUAACCAAGACGUUAAAAGCACGAACGAGGAUCACCGCGCCGUUUCAUAUAGAUUUUGACAUGUAUAAACACAUCCAGAGCUGCAAAUACACAUAUGCGAAAAAUACAGGACACGUACUAUAAACUAAAAACUCGGGGAAAAAGCUGCGUGCGAAAAAUUCGACACAAUUUUGAAUCAUACAUCGCGGCUGAUCAAUGCCGCGUGAGACUUUCUUGAUAAUAAAUGCCAAUUAUAAAAAAAAACGCACAAAUGCGAAAAUAACUAAAUGAGGUAAUAUGCGCGAAAAAUCGUAAUCCAAAAUUCUCGACAUUAGUGUUUAAUGUUUUCUGACAUCUUCGGUAUCGCACACGUGUCAUAAUCGAGUGACAAUAUUCACGAGUAAGCGGGCUUAUCGAUUUAAAUAAUUGGCUUAAUCAGACCGAUAAAUUGGACAUAGUGACAAUAAUAAUGGUUACAUGCCGCGUUUCGAGAGCUUGACUCUUCGCGGCACGCUCAAUUCCUGAGAAGACUAUAUUGUGACUGAAAUAAAAAAUAAAGUGCGAGUGUAAUAAAAAUAGGAAGAGAGCAUAAGGUUAGCAAAAGAUAGAAAAACGUGAACGUGGUAGAGAAACAGGUAGGCCAGCGCCAAAAUAAUGCAGAAUGUAGGAGAAGGUGGGAAAAGAGUGCGAAAAAUUUGCGGUUUCAAAUAGUAUGCUUGAACGAUAAAACUAGAUGCCGGAAGCGAGAGCGAAACUGUUAAGCGAAAGAACUUUUAUCGAACGAUAUGUGUGUGUGUGUGUGUGUGUGUGUAUGUGCGAAAAAUCGAGUGUGUAAGAGAACGAGAGAAAGAAAAAGAAAGAAUGAUAAUCCAAAAAACCAUUCUUGAAACGAUGCAGCCAAACGGGAUGUACAGAAAUAUUGCUUCCAUACUUAAUUCCACUAAGCUUGGUAAGCUGUCAAGACUUCUUAAUAAAUACAAAAAAGAAGAAAGAAUACAUACGAGAGAAAGAGAGAGAUAUAGAGAGUGUGUGUGUGUGUGAGAGAGAGAGAGAGAAAGAACGAAAGAACAGAUAGACAAAUAGCGAAGAAGCUAAAUAUUAUCUUUCUUAAAAUAACCAGUGUCAAAAUACCGCUAUAAUAAUAAACCGAUGUACAAAGAUG